GUCUGUAUUCACCACUCAUCCAACUUCCUCGUACGUUGACAUCGUCUCCGGGUAGAUCCAAUAUCUUCCAUCAUGUCUCUGACCGACGCUGAGAGAGAAAAGUUUACAGAAAUGUACCAGAAGUACGACACCAACGGGGACGGCCUGGCCUUUACUGAGUUGGUCCCCCUUCUCCGGGACAUGGGCUGGACAGAGGACAAAUACAGCGACGCUGAUUUGGCCGACAAAUUCCUUGAUGCUGACAAGGACAACACGCGGUUGAUCAACCAAGAAGAACUUCUAGAGCUGAUCAAUCAGAAACCCCGGACCGAGCUCAAUGAAAGCAACCUUCGAAGAAUUUUCAAGCAAAUAGAUCAAGACGGCAGCGGUAAAAUCAAUGCCGAGGAAUUUCGACAGGCUCUGGAAGCCGGUGGUUGCCAGGCAACGCUAUCCGACAUCAACGAGAUGAUCACGGCGGCAGACAACAGCGGUGACGGAAUGAUCGACUUCAAGGAAUUGUGCUCUAGUUGCGGAUUUUAAGUAUUAUGUCGCCAAAAACUUUCAUUAAUAGCUUCACCUUAGAGAGUAUUAACCACGUAGACAUAGUAGACACUACAUCGUAGAAUGACAGCACGGAAAGCAGAAUCCGUGGAUAAUCCAGUCAUAGUGCGUCACGCUAAUGUCUCGUGCAGAAGACGUAGCCAGUCACAGGAAUCCUUCGUCCGACUCUGGGAAAACAUGUUCUUGGAAACUUGUCGCCUUCCUCUGGCUCGUGUGUACUUCCACGGACUCAAGUCCCUGCUAGCUUUCUAGAACAGCUUUCUGUACUCUGCCACACACAUUUCACAUACUGACAAGAAGUCAGACAAAGCGGCAAGAUCAAGCUGAUAUGCGUUUAUGACUAGCUGCAGCCAUCAUGGCGGUUUGUGCUUCCGGUCCCACACGCCAUCUUGACAUUCACUAUUGUUAAAUACGUGUAAAGCUUAACAUGUAAGAAGGCCGAGUAUUGCAAAUCGACGAGUAAAAUUCAGACAGAUAAAAGUAAUAGUUUAGUGAUUAUCUUUUGUAAGGUACCUUUAAAUGCUUAACUUAUUUAACGAAAGUCUACCGUCUCGGUUUGGUUUGGUUUAAUGGGUUAGUUGUUUUCCAACUCCGCCUUUAACAGAAGUAAUCUCCUUUACACGUGCAAUAUAUGUCCUGUAUUUUAUGCUGUCGUAAACUAUAAGUAUGCACAAAAUAUGUUACCGUAUUUUAAUAUUUUAUUACAAAACAAAAUUAAACUCUUUGAGAUAAAA